AUGUUUUUAGCUAAGCAGAAAAUAGAAACUCCGAGUGUUAUUUUUUUAUUUUUUUUUACUUUUUCAGAUAAAUCUGAACCAGAUAAAGAGAGGGGGUUCAACCUCCACCAAUCAGAAACGGGCCUUCGGGCCGAGGGUGAUCCUAUUGGCUAUCAUUUUAUUUCUGGGCGUAGCGACGCGUGAUGUCACGGCUUCCGGUGGUCUGUGAUUGGAUGGCAGCAAAGCCUCGGGUGGUGGAUCAGCCAAUAAUAUCGCGUGUUUAGGAAGAGUGACAGUUGUAAGUUUGUUACGAUUGGACGGUAGCAGUCACAGCAGGGAUCAAAUAGAACUCCUCAACAAACUGCAAGAAAAGUACAAAGACGACAAUGUGCUGGUCGUUGGUCUGACUAACGACCGACAUCAACAGCGCUCCGGAAUCCCGAUCUUCCACGCAGAAGGGGGCGCCAACUUGUUCUCGAAAGUUGGAGGACUGCAGGGUGAUGCUUACAUCUACGAUAAGUGAGGGUUACUGACCCACUACAUACCCCACCCGAACUCGAACAUGAAGGAGGGCAUGGUGGAAGCAGCCCUGGCGAGAGCCCUUUACCACAGUCCAUGUCACCAUGCCUGCAACGAUAAAUCAAUCUACCAUCGUACGCAUAACCAGCCCGCCAGCACGUACAACGGGCACCUGAGGUCGAGAAGAGAUGUCACCACGUAUGUUGUCGGAGCAAACGAUAGCGACAACGAUUUGCAAAACCUGGCUGUGUCCUGUCAGGGCUUCACGGAACGCGACUGCAACAACCACCACAACCACAACAAUGGCAAUCACCACAACAACAACCAUCAUCAUCACAACAACAACAACAACAACAAUCAUCAUCAUCAUAGCAAUUCAGCUCUUCGCCAUCUCCACGCAAGAUGCUGUCGCUACAUCGCCAGUCUCAGCAGCUCCCACCACAACUCGGCGUGCGUCUGCGUCAAAUCUUCAUCGUCACCGCAUAACUUCGGGUGCAUUUGCGACAUCAGGCAACAGCAGCAGCCGGCCAAGCACUGCACAUGUAAACUCACGAGUGAUAUCGUCACUAACAAGUGUUCCGUCAGCACGGAGUCACGUGAUUUGCGUCGUCAUGGCGUAACAACGUACAAAUGUUUACUAACGAACGAAAAUUCCGUCUGCAGUUGCCAGGUCUCUCCAAGAGUUGAAUCCUCCGCAACUUCCACAGCAGUCUGCACGGCCCACAUGCAGCCGCUGAUCAGACCGCGUGCCAGCAGCCAGGACCUUCCAUGCACGUGCAAGAAAUCAAUGGUGGAUGGUGUAGAAAGUAUGCUCAAUGACCUUGAGGCAACGAAGGUAACCAGCAAGAAUCACGUGGUAGCUCAUCUUGAUCGUGAUUGGUUGAUAGACAGUUGUGAAAAUGAUCGGAAGAGAAUGGAAAAUCUCUCUGAAAAUGACCGCAGCAAGCAGGAAGCCGUGUUGAUUGCAUUUGAUUGCACGGCGGCGUUACUAAUGACACUUACGUCCACUGUCACUGUUCUCAACUGCAGCAAGCAAAUCGACAACUUCCAUGAUUGCAUAGUUGAUCCUGAAACCAGCAAGGUGUAUGACAGGGACAUCCGACCUGAUCAUGACCCAGAAAUCACAACUGACAACACAAUCAGCAAGAAACUGCUAUCAGCGUUAUCUGACCCUGAUCCAACUGAAUCACCAGCCAAUAAGGAAAUAUACCCGAACAAUUUGAUGAACUUGUUCUUUAUGGUUCAUCACUUGAAUAUUCGACCGAUCUACGAAACAUUUUCGUCAAAUAUUGAGCCGACGCAGCUAGGUAGUGGAGUAGUAGAGCUCCAGCGCCUCUCGCCUUUCAUUAGUAUUCAGGCGGACGACAAAGCCAGGCGUCAUCAUGCAAUUUUAAUAUGUCUUCGACGAUCCAAUAGUAUUAUUCUUGCAGAAAUUUCUCUAGAAACGUCGUCGAAGUUUAAAUUUUUAUCUCCCUGA